GAAGACAUCAGUGAGAGUGACAAAAAGCUCAAGGAAGAGCGCAACAUGGCAGAGAAAGGUGACAAAGAGAAGGGUGACAAAAAGAGAGAACUUCGAAGAUCUGGUUCGUUGUGGAGAGGAGGUUGGGCGCUUUCUGAACGCUUGGCCAUCAACGUGUCAGGUAUGCGCUAUGAGACGCAGAUUCGGACCCUGUCCCAGUUUCCCGACUCUCUGCUUGGAGACCCAGAGCGUCGCCUGCAGUAUUUUGACCCUCUACGCAAUGAGAUCUUCCUGGACCGUAACCGAAUCUGCUUUGAUGCCAUCCUCUACUUCUAUCAGUCUGGUGGGCGCUUACGCCGGCCUGCCAACGUUCCCCUGGACAUUUUCAUGGAAGAACUGCGUUUUUAUGAGCUGGGAGAGGACAUCAUGACUCGGUUUAAGGAGGACGAGGGUUUCCCUAAAGAGGUUCCUCAGCCGUUGCCGGAUAACGAGAUCCAGCGCAAGCUGUGGAUGCUCUUUGAACACCCAGAAUCUUCUGGUGGUGCCCGCAUCAUUGCCAUCAUCAGUGUGAUGGUGAUCGUUGUCUCCAUCCUCAUCUUCUGUUUGGAGACACUGCCUGACUUCAGAUCAGAGAAGGAGCUGAGAGAGCAAGUUGCAUACCAGCAUCAUCCCAGUAAUGGAAACAUAACCAUCCCUGGUUCCUCUCCAUUUCACGAUCCGUUCUUCCUGGUAGAGACCAUGUGCAUAUGCUGGUUCUCCUUUGAACUAGUGAUGCGCUUUAGCUGCUCUCCCAGUAAGAUGUACUUCUUCAAGGAUGUGAUGAACAUCAUUGACUUCUUUGCUAUCAUUCCCUACUUUGUCACGCUCGGAACCGAGCUGGCCAAGUCAAAGGGAGCCACGCCAACCAUGUCCCUGGCCAUCAUUAGGGUCAUCCGUCUGGUAAGAGUGUUCAGGAUCUUCAAGCUAUCUCGCCACUCCAAAGGCCUUCAAAUCUUGGGCCAGACACUAAAGGCCAGCUUAAGAGAACUGGCACUGCUCAUUUUCUUUCUCUUCAUCGGUGUCAUCAUAUUCUCCAGCGCUGUCUACUUUGCAGAAGUGGACAACGCAGAAACGACUUUCACCAGCAUCCCGGAAGCCUUCUGGUGGGCUGUGGUCACCAUGACAACAGUGGGAUACGGUGAUAUGACCCCGAUGACGGUGGGUGGAAAGCUGGUGGGUUCUAUGUGUGCUAUCGCUGGUGUGCUCACCAUCUCGCUUCCUGUUCCUGUCAUCGUUUCUAACUUCAGCUAUUUCUACCACCGUGAGAUGGAGUGCGAGGACAACCAGGAGUACACCCAUGUCAACACCUCCCUUUGGGAGAAGGAAGGAGGAAAGGACGAAGAAGACGACGACGAGGAAGGGCCAGAUGAACACAGGGACUACGUUCCUCUUGAAGGAGACGUGGCGUACAGGGGGAUCUGUGCUCCUCUCAAUGGGACUCUCCUAACUGGGCUUUGUUCUGGGCAGGCUGGGGAGCAAAAAGAUGGGGUCAUUUGCCUACGGGAGCCAUUGGUCACCCAAGUAUGAGAAACUGGAGAUCAAAACGGGAAAACGAGAGAUGCCUUGUGUCGGGUUCAUUGGCUACUGGCUGACUGUGACUCUCUGAAUACACACGAAGAAAGGAAGAGUACGAUUAAAAAGCUGACAACUCAGAAGGUACAUUUGGAAAUUCAGAUGCAGCAGGCUGAGGAAGACAUACAGGAGGGAAGUAUAAAAAUCACUGACCAGCAAUAACACAUUUAAAGGAUGCACUUAGUAUUUUUUUGGAGUCAGCUAUGAAUUAUUGGGGGAUAAAGAGUGUGGUAUUAGGUAUCGUGAUCAUAGAUGACCUGACCAUUUUUGAGGAUAUGAAUGAAAUGUAUAAUUUUUAUCAUGCUUCAAUACGAGUUUACUGUAUGUGUUUCUUUCUAAUGAAGAUUUUUUUGGAACAUUAAGUUAAAUUACUGAAUGUAUUUAUUUGUGGAAACUAUUUGUAUCUAUUCAAAGAGUGCCAUUUGUCGUCUUAAUGCUAAAAUGUGUUCGGAAUAUUAGCUGGGCAUAAGCUAAGUGGUGUUGUGCAAUAAGCAUUGCACCUUUGCUGUCAAGAUCUUACUGUAUAGUUCUUGACAUACGACUUAUUCAUAGUAAGAGACUCUGAGCAGUGUCAUUUAAAUGUCAUGCAUUUUAUCACCCAGUUGCCUCCAUAAAUGUUCCUGGGAUUUGUGUGUCAGGCAGCAGUUUAAAGUCAUAAAUUAAUCUGGAAUUGUUUAGUGUUGAGUCUUGUUUACCUGCUGUUGCUCAUAUUAUUGCUGUACUCAGCGACACAGUCAUGAAUGAGAAACGUGUGUGUAUUCAAAAUGCUAUUUAGGGGAAUAUUGAAUAUAUGGUGUCUAUGUGCAAUGUAAAU